AUAAAUAACCAUUGUUCUUAGACCUUAUGCAAACCGAUGGAGCAAGACAAUGGUUGGUUAUGGACCAGAAGACUCACACUUUGUGGUGGAGCUGACAUACAACUAUGGUAUCACACACUAUGAACAAGGAAAUGACUUCAUCGGUCUCACAGUCCAGUCCAGCGAGAGUCUCAAGAGAGCUGCAGCUAACAACUGGCCAGUGAAGGAGCAGAAUGGUCAAAAGUACCUUGAAGCUCCCGGUGGCUACAAGUUCUUUAUUGUUGACAAACCCCAGCCUGCUGACAGAGAUCCAGUAGUAAAGGUGUCGCUCGCCAGCUCAGACUUGGAGAAAUCCAUCGCCUACUGGAAUGGUCUGCUUAGUCUGAAGAUCUUUGAGAAAACUACAAAAACUGUCACGCUGGGCUUCGGCGCCGACCAGGCUAAGCUGGAAUUAGUUGACAUCGGUGAGCCGGUGAACCGCGCAAAGGCAUACGGCCGCAUCGCUUUCUCAUGUCCAUUCGACGAGCAGCCAAUCAUCGACCAGAAGAUCCAGGCGGCCAAGGGUGCCAUCCUGACACCUUUGAUAUCGUUGGACACGCCAGGCAAGGCUACUGUUAGAGUCAUCAUUCUAGCCGACCCCGACGGCCACGAGAUCUGCUUUGUGGACGACGAGAGCUUCCGACAGCUGUCGCAGGUGGACCCUGCCAGUGACGCCGACCUCGACAAGUUCAUCAAAUCAGACAAGUCGCGGGCGUAAUCACCUUCCAUCCGUUUCUUACGUAUCGAGCUAGAGUACAACAUAUUCUCUUGCAUUAUUUCUACUCGUACUUAAGUUAUUUUCCGCUUAGCGUCACAAGAUACGAAUUUAUUGAUUCUAUGUAUACUAUGUAUGCAAACGCUCAUAUUCAUUGUUCUGCAUAUAAGAAUGAUAACAAAUAUUGUACAAAUUUUAUCGGCUUCUUACAAUGUAAGGAUAAGUAAAUUAUUUAUUAAAAUUUAAACCUUACGUGGUAGCAUCAAAGCUCAUUGCUCUGUGACAAGUACAAUUUGAAUAGCCACUUCAUUGUUGUGAUAAGUCUGUUUUAAGAUAUCUCUCUUCAGAAUAGUUUAGCAUUCCGUGUUGUUUUAAGUGGCUGUAUAAGUAUUAUUUUGAAUUAUGUUAAACAUUGUUGUAAAGUAAUAUAAUAUUGUAUAUGUUUAUUGUCUAUUGUUGCACCAACUACACAGCAAUAUGUUAACUAAGUAAUAAGAAUAUAUCGUUUAAAUCCUA